GGGUAGAGACGGAUGAUGGGGGUUUUAAGUCUCUCCUCUCUUUGGUUCAGUAAUUACAUACAUUUCCUCUUCUGCGAAUUGGGAGAGAGAGAAAAUGCAUUAUCAACAUUCACAAGCUUCGCUUUGCAAAUUGCUUUUCAGACGCUCUUUCAAUGGUUCUCCAAAGCUCUUUUCCCUCAACUCGCUCACAACGAGUCCGGCUCAGUGCGUUUCAGACUCAGCUCCAUUGCCGAAACCCAAGACUCCUGAGCUUCUUCUUCACAAACCCACCACAAAUUCCCCCCAUUUUCUUCACCCGACGUUCUCAAACUCAUCCCAGUUCAUAAAUCGUCAUAAUCUGAGACAAUUCAGCGGUGGGGCGGAUGGGUUUGAUCAGAACAAAGAGGUGGACAUGAUCAACCUCAAGUUUGCAGAGGCAAGGGAGGAGAUAGAGAUGGCCAUGGAGUCCAAAGAGACUGUUUAUUUUGAUGAAGAGGCAGAGUGUGCUCGAACUGCUGUGAAGGAAGUGCUGGACCUGUUUGAUGGGCUAUUGGCUAAGUCGCCGGAGGACAAAAAGGCAGCAUUGCAGAGGGCGAUGGGGCUCAAGAUUGAGCAGUUGAAGGCUGAGCUGAAACAGUUGGAUGAGUGAUAAUGAGGUUGGUGGAUAUGAGGUUUUGCCCCUUUUUUCGUGUUUCGAUCAAUUCGUUUAUGCUUUGAUUAUGUAAUUUCUGAUUUUUGACGACAAGUUAGGCAAAGAGUUGGUGGUACUAAAUUAGGGAUGAUUGUUUGAAUAAUUGGCUGUUUGUAUUUUACAAGAAAGGAAAUAAAUUAUUCAAAUCUUGCUAAUUGUGGAAAUUGGUGUACUCUGCAGU